AUGGGCGGUCAUUCUGGGGUCUCUGCGAAUUUGGUCCUGCUUGAAUCACCUUCCAGUCCAUUCCUGGCACAAAACAUCUUCGCAAUUGGACCCGUUGGGGUUAAUCCAUCAUUUCUCGUCCAUCGUAGCCGCCUCACUGAACAUCUCGGUCGCCUCAACAUCCUAUGCGACGAGCUCAGCGGUCUUUAUUCGCAAUUGGAUCAGUACAAGGCUCGGAUCGAACAUCAACACAGAGAGCUAUGGAAGGCAAACCCAGACAUCAGAAAGAAGGGCUUGAAAGGCGGCUCAGCUCGAAAGCAACGCAAAAUUGCCGGGAAAUACGUCCCAAUGGCCCAAAACACCGCAGCCUUGCAGAAACGACGUAGAGGAGUUGAGAAAAUCGAUAAAUAUGGACGGGACAGACUUGAGGGUAUUGCCGCUUUAAAGCUCAUGAUUGAGGAGGCUAUGAGAUUCAUCAAAGACGGGCAGGCAAAGGGCAAUGACGUUCUCGCCAGUGGCGACCUAAUACUACAAGGGCUAGCGACACCAGCGGAGGUCCGCUCGGCGGUAAGCCAUGUGGCCGCCGGUGUCGAGCAACUUAUGGGUGAGGAGCUGCUCGAGAAGGUCGAUGACAUUGGAAAGAUUUUGACCGUCAUCGACAAUGAAUUCGCUUGGUGA